AUGGGAAAAAGUAAAAAAAGGAGAAAGUAUUCGUCUGGUAAUUCGUCAAAUGAUGAUUCUGAUGACUCUAUAGAAAAAGAAAGAAAGCGAGACAUCAAAGAAAGAGAUGAAUUUUCAAAUCGUUUAAAAAAUAGGGAUAAAGAGCGUACAAGAAAUAUUGCUAGACCAAGUGGUUCCUCAGAUUCUCGGGCCGUUAGUAAACAUGAUGUUGAUAGGCUAAGAAUCGAAUCUAGAAGAAAAUACUUAGCCAAAAGAAAGGAUGACAAAAUAGCUGAGCUUGAAGCUGAUAUUGUAGAUGAUGAAUAUUUAUUUCAAGAAGAAAUUUUAACAGCUCGAGAAAAGUAUGAAAGAGAACAUAAAAAGAGGUUAUUACAUUUGGCUAAAGAACAUGAAAAAGCCAGGGAAUUGGAAAUGGUUCGAAGGUACCAUAUGCCUCAAGAUUGCAAGGCAGGAGAAAUGGAAGUUGAUAUUGAAGAUGGAAAAGAAGUGGGAGAAGGAAAAAAAUGGGAACAAGAACAAAUGUCUUCGGCUGUUUUUCAUUUCGGAUCAAAAGAUCGUCCUUCAACCCAAGAAGAAUAUGAUUUACUAGUUGAUCAAAUAGAAUUUAUUCAAGCUCUUAACAUGCCUGGAACCAGAACAGAAGAUGAAAAAGAAGCUGAAAAACUCAAAAAAAUACAUGAUAUUGAAGAAACUAAAAAAAGUCUUCCCAUUUUUCGUUUUAGAGAAGAUUUAAUUGCUGCAGUUAAAGAAUACCAGGUUCUUAUAAUUGAGGGUGAGACAGGAUCUGGAAAGACAACACAAAUUCCACAGUAUUUACAUGAAGCUGGUUAUACAAAUGAUGGAAAAAUUAUCGGAUGCACUCAGCCGAGAAGAGUAGCUGCCAUGUCUGUGGCUGCUAGGGUGGCUCAAGAAAUGAAUGUGAAAUUAGGAAAUGAAGUGGGAUAUAGUAUAAGAUUUGAAGAUUGUACUUCAGAGAGAACAAUAAUUAAAUACAUGACGGAUGGUACUUUACAUAGGGAAUUUUUAUCUGAACCUGAUUUAGCCGCUUACAGUGUUAUGAUAAUUGAUGAAGCUCACGAAAGAACUCUGCACACUGACAUACUAUUCGGUUUAGUAAAAGAUGUGGCCAGAUUCAGACCAGAUUUAAAACUCUUGAUAUCUAGUGCUACACUUGAUGCUGAAAAAUUUAGUAAAUUUUUUGAUGAUGCUCCUGUUUUUCGGAUACCAGGAAGAAGGUUUCCGGUUGAUAUUUAUUAUACUAAAGCUCCCGAAGCUGAUUAUGUUGAUGCCUGCGUUGUUUCCGUUUUACAAAUUCAUGCUACUCAACCUCCUGGAGAUAUUUUAGUCUUUCUUACUGGACAAGAAGAAAUUGAAACUUGUAAUGAAAUUUUAACUGAACGAGCUAGAAGGUUGGGAAGCAAAAUCAAAGAAUUAUUGAUUUUACCUGUUUAUGCUAACUUGCCUAGCGAAUUGCAAGCAAAAAUAUUUGCACCGACUCCUCCGGGAGCUAGAAAGGUUGUGCUAGCGACAAAUAUAGCUGAAACUUCGUUGACCAUAGAUAACAUAAUUUACGUUAUCGAUCCAGGAUUUUGUAAACAAAAUAAUUUUAAUUCCAGAACUGGAAUGGAAACGCUUAUUGUAGUUCCUAUUUCAAAGGCAUCAGCAAAUCAAAGAGCUGGUAGAGCCGGUCGAGUUGCUGCUGGAAAAUGUUUUCGUCUGUACACUGCUUGGGCUUACCAACAUGAAUUAGAGGAUAAUGCCGUUCCUGAAAUCCAGAGAACAAAUUUAGGAAAUGUUGUUUUAACAUUAAAAGCUCUCGGAAUUCACGAUCUUGUGCAUUUCGAUUAUUUAGAUCCUCCUCCUCAUGAAACUUUGGUUCUGGCAUUAGAACAAUUGUACGCUCUCGGAGCUUUAAAUCAUCGUGGUGAGCUCACGUCAUUGGGUAGAAAAAUGGCUGAAAUACCUGUACAUCCAAUGAUGGCUAAAAUGCUUCUCGCAUCUGAUAAGUACAAAUGCUCCGAAGAGGCCGUAUCAAUUGCUGCCAUGUUGUCAGUCAACAGUGCCAUAUUUUACAGACCCAAAGAUAAAAUUCUUCACGCCGAUACGGCUAGGAAAAACUUUUUUUCACUUGGCGGUGAUCAUCUCACUCUUUUAAAUGUAUAUAAUCAGUGGGUCGCGACCGAUUACAGCACUCAAUGGUGCUACGAAAAUUUUAUUCAGCAUAAGUCUAUGAGGAGAGCCAGAGAUGUAAGAGAGCAGUUGGUUAAUCUUCUAACAAGAGUAGAAGUUAAUUUAGUAUCAUGUGGGGGUGACAGUAUACCGAUUAGAAAGGCCGUCACAGCAGGUUAUUUUUAUCAUGUUGCUAGGCUGUCUAAAGGAGGAAGUUAUAAGACUGUGAAACAUCAACAAGGUGUUGCCAUACAUCCUAAUAGUUCCCUGUUUGAAAGCUUACCACGGUGGCUUUUGUAUCACGAAUUAGUUUUUACUACAAAAGAAUUUAUGAGACAAGUUAUUGAAAUCGAUAGCAAAUGGCUGCUAGAGGUAGCACCUCAUUAUUACAAAGAGAGGGAAUUAGAGGAUUCCACUAAUAAAAAAAUGCCGAAAAGUCGUAAUUAA